AGGCUGAGGUAGGCUUCACUUUAUAAGAUAACAUCUUUCACCAGCUACGACGAGUUUCCUGAUCAUCUACCGACUUUCAAAACUAACUACAACCUUCAAUUCCAUUCAUUACCUUGAGAUCUCCAUUCUCGCCCAUCAAUCUUCAACAAAUUCGAUAAUGUUGAACGUGCUGUACUUCCUGAGCAUUUUGCUUUGCAGUGCUUCACUUGUUCUUACCGUGGCAAUUCCUCAUCAUACUCACGACACCAUUGAGCCUCGAUACAUAAUUGAAGGACAACCACCACCACCUUGUAAAAAUCACAUAUGUCCACUUGCCAAAUCCACCGAUAGCCCCAUAGUAGCGCGAGCUACGACUGAUUUAUUGAGCUCCUCCGACACAUUCAGCUUCCCUAGACCCCACCAGACCGCGCCAGUGAAAUGCGGUGAUACUGGGCUCCCACCACCUUGCAACGUCACGCCAGCGAAUUACACGGCCAAUCACACCGAGUAAUGUGGGCUUUUCGUACCUGAGAUAGGAUCUUAGUUUCAGGCCCUCGUUGAACCAAAUCUUAUCGCCUCGAUAUGGGCAGCAUGUGCGCUCGUUGUUUUUCAAAAGUUUCACGCGAAACACAUUUGUUCAACCACCCGUGUCAAUCAAGCCCAAAUUUUCCAACCUAUCUCACUUCAUCUUCGUACUUGCAUGUCAAUAAACUUGUAUCUGAUUAUCAAACCACUCUGCUCACUUUAAAAACAAUUGUAGGAGCGCGGCUUGGUGACUAGAUAUGACUUCCAAUUGUACUUUAUUCUCUAUGAUCUUUGUUCUCAUGUGUCACUUUUCUGCCGACCCGGAAAGAAACUGUACUCGGUCGAAAUGAAAUAUUCUAUUUAGUUUCGUCCAAAAGAGACAUACAAACA